AUGAAAUUUGCCAAAGAGCUGGAACAGGAACUCGUUCCUGAAUGGCGGGCAAAGUAUCUCGACUACAAGACUGGCAAGAAGAAAGUCAAGGCCAUCACCCGGGCCCUACAGAAGGCAAAUCGCAGUCCCCGCGUCCCGUCCUAUCGACCGCCCACUUCCAGCCCGCAAAGUCGCGGCGCAGUCCAAUCUGCUCUCACACCCUCCAAUACCGAUAAGCAUCUCGAUGCAGGAGAAUACAAUGGCCCAUCGACGCCACGACGAAGUGGUGCCAAGCCGCCAUCAGCGCGCUCCACGCCGGUGCCCAAAACUGAGCGACAACCGCUUCGCACGCCAGGAUCGCGGUUCUCUGAGAACGUUGGUAGUUAUGGAAGCAUACUCGCAACGCCGCCACAACAGCACCAUACCGCAGGCUCGGAUGUAGCCUCAUUUGAACUUCCGGACCCGGCACUUGACCCGGGUGAAGACUAUCCGCCACAUGAGGAUACUGCAGAUAGACUUGGGAAUCUCCGGACACCUUCGCCGGUCAUGGAUCGACGUGGCAUGCUGAACGGCUCACCCUCUCGCCCUUUAUCAGAACCAUUGCCGGCCAAGAGGCCCCAAUUGGAUCCACGGACGAGCUAUUCGAGUGGUGACGCCUUGACGAAGGUGGCCUCGGGCAACCGGACAUCACAGCUGCUGCGGCGCGUGUUUACGGCAGAGGUAGACCCUAGCGCUACAUCAGAGCUUGAUAAACGUCGGGACGAAUUCUUCGAGUUCUUGGAUAGCGAAUUGCACAAAAUCGAUUCGUUUUAUGUGACGAAAGAACAAGAGGCCACCGAGAAACUGCGGGUCCUUCGCCAGCAGUUACAUAUUAUGCGAGACCAGCGAAUCCAAGAGGUCCUGGCUUCUAAGAGAAUCAAAUCCGAUGACUCGGAGACACAUCAACGACCAAAUGGGUUCGCGAAAAUCACGAAUGCUCGAAUCAAGGGUUCGUUGGUGGGAAAGAACCGUUUCGGCAAGAACUCGGAAGCACUGGCGGAGAUGGCGACUCCCGGCAUGCAACCCCAAGAUCGGGAGUUCAUCGCCAACCGGAGGGACUUCAUGCGGCGGCAGGAUCCGCAAAGUCAAGAAGUGCCCUAUCGCUCCGCUAAGCGUAAGCUCAAGCAUGCGUUGCAGGAGUUCUACCGCGGAGUGGAGCUCCUCAAGGGAUAUGCUUAUUUGAAUCGAACGGCUUUCCGGAAGAUUAACAAGAAAUACGACAAAGCGGUCCACGCCCGUCCACCGCUCCGGUACAUGUCUGAAAAGGUCAACAAAGCGUCCUUCGUACAGAGUGAGGUGAUUGAGAGUUUGAUGACAGCGGUCGAAGACUUGUAUGCCCGUUACUUUGAGGGCGGUAAUCGCAAAAUCGCCGUCUCCAAACUCCGUCACACAAUCAACAAAUCUGGUGAUUACUCACCGAAUACUUUCCGCUCCGGUCUAUUGUUGAUGGGUGGAACUCUGUUUGCCAUCAAGGCCUUGGUUGAUUCUAAGUCAAAUCUCCGCUCGCCUAACGUCGCUGAACAAGUUCGGACCAGUUAUCUCCUCCAGAUAUAUGGAGGGUAUUUCCUGAUCGUCUUCCAUUUCUUGCUCUUCUGCUUGGAUUGUAUGAUUUGGACAAAGUCGAAGAUCAAUCAUGCAUUUGUCUUCGAAUACGAUACCAGAAACACCUUAGAGUGGCGUCAGUUGCUAGAGAUCCCUUCUUUCUUCCUUUUCUUGAUGGGCCUAUUCAUGUGGCUCAACUUCUCAUGGUACAACCACAUGUAUGUCUAUUGGCCUGUCGUCCUUAUUGGCUUGACUGUGAUCAUUAUUUUCUUGCCGGCCCGUGUUCUUUACCACAGGAGUCGCAAAUGGUUCGCAUUUUCCAAUUGGCGCCUUUUGCUUGCCGGAAUCUACCCAGUCGAGUUCCGUGAUUUCUUCCUCGGUGACAUGUACUGUUCUCAGACAUAUGCUAUGGGGAACAUCGAGCUCUUCUUCUGUCUAUAUGCCUCGUACUGGGACUACCCUCCCAAGUGCAACUCCUCCCACUCUCGGCUCCUGGGCUUUUUCCAAUGCCUCCCCUCUGUCUGGCGAGCUUUCCAAUGUAUUCGCCGAUAUCUGGACACGAAGAACGCGUUCCCCCAUCUCCUGAACUUGGGCAAGUAUUUAUUCGGUGUCCUCUACUAUGCCACUCUCAGCAUGUACCGCAUCGACCUUCAAACGAGGUUCCAAGCCUCGUUUAUCACCUUCGCCCUCCUAAACGCCGUCUACACCUCAGUGUGGGAUCUAAUCAUGGAUUGGAGUUUGGGUAACCCAUACGCAAAGAACCCAAUGCUCCGUGAAGUCCUCGCCUUCCGUCGCGUAUGGGUAUACUAUGCCGCAAUGGUGCUCGAUGUGGUGAUCCGUUUCAACUGGAUCUUCUACGCAAUAUUCAUCAAAAAUAUACAGCAGUCCGCCCUGCUUAGCUUUAUGGUCGCCUUCUCGGAGGUCUGUCGCCGUGGCAUUUGGUCCAUCUUCCGUGUCGAAAACGAACACUGCACCAAUGUCCUCCUCUUCCGCGCCUCCCGUGAUGUCCCUCUCCCCUACGAUGUCCCCUCACGAGCCGCAGCACCCCUCGACGGCUCAGCAGAAGAUGUCCAACUCGAAGAACAGCAGCACGCCUCAACACCUUUCAUGGCGCCCGGCGAUGUCGAAAACGGCACCCCGUCCGGGUCCAGCUUGCGGGCCCGCAACCGCCGCCCCUCGGUUGGCAUCAGCCGGGUCGGCUCGAUUGUAGCCUCAGCCCACGCGCAGGAUUUCGAGCGAAGACGUCUACCAAAUUACAUGUCCAGCGCAAGUGUAGGACCGGAUAUGGCAGACGGCGGAGACGAUAGCACGGACGAAGACGACGAGGCGGAUCUGAGCACAGACGAGGAUUCGGAAUCGAGACCGGAUUCAGAGCGCAGAGACACGAUGGGUCGGAUUAUUGAAUAG